CCUGCGCCCUCCGGGCCCGCCGGGAAUGCCCGAGCUCUGACGUGUCAAAACAUCGCCAUUUUCUUGACGGAAGGAUACGCCUUGAAGAGAAAAACAAACACACAACUGUUUCUUGAAGACCUCCAUCAACUGCUGCCAUCAUGGGGAAUUUCUUUGGUAGUUUGUUCAGUUUUCUGAAUAAGAAGGAGAUGAGGAUCCUCAUGGUCGGGCUGGACGCCGCUGGAAAGACGACGAUAUUGUACAAACUCAAGCUUGGUGAAAUCGUGACAACCAUCCCCACCAUAGGUUUCAACGUAGAGACGGUGGAGUACAAGAACAUCAGCUUCACUGUCUGGGACGUCGGGGGUCAAGACAAAAUCCGACCGUUGUGGCGCCAUUACUUCCAGAACACUCAGGGUCUGAUCUUCGUUGUGGACAGCAACGACAAAGAGCGAGCCACAGAGGCCCACGAGGAGCUGAUGAGGAUGUUGUCCGAAGACGAGCUGCGUGAUGCCGUGUUGUUAGUGUUCGCCAACAAACAGGAUCUCCCAAAUGCGAUGACAUCCGCAGAACUCACAGACAAGUUGGGGCUCCACUCGCUGCGCCACAGAAACUGGUACAUCCAGGCCACGUGCGCCACCAGCGGAGACGGCCUGUACGAAGGCCUGGAGUGGCUGUCAAACCAGCUGAAGAAACAGAAAUAACUCCUCGCGUCUCGUCCCGUACUCCGUCUCCCGACCCCGCCUUCUCUACUCCCGCUCAUUUGGCAAAAUGAGUUUUUUUACUCCAACCGCAAACACAAUGCCCUGCAAGCUGCCCUCGAUUACUAUGUAAUUGGAACAGACACGUAAGAAUGGGACGAGAUCUAUUCUUGCAAAGGCAUUCACAUUUCGUAGUACUUUAUAUAUAGGGCUGUUCAUGUAGACUUGAAGGUGUAUUUAAGAAUAAAUUAUCGUGUUACUUUAUCCUGUUUUUCUGCCUCGGGUCUGGGCAGUUGAUUAAGGAAGAAAUAAACAAUUUCUUAUUAUUUUAUUGGGCCAUUAGAUGGUGUGCAAACUGGAGCACUCAAACAGGGGGCAGCAUCAAAAACGUACUGAAACAUAAAAAUCACACUACCCAAGCCCUAAAGGUUUACUUCUCCACACAAAAGCCCCCCCCCCCCCGAUAGCCAGUUCAGUCACUACAUUAAAAGAGAACAAGCACUGGCAUUACCUUGUUAUAUGUGUACUGGGAGAUUUCUCGGUUCCGCAUGAACAGAACUUCUGUGAACCCUUCAGCUUUUUUGAAACGCAGUUCCUCAACUGUGGGCUUGAAUCCAAACUAUCUGCGCCCGCUCUGGGUGAGGCAGAGACUAGCCCGCAUUCGUCUUUUGGGUUUGUAUGACUCAGGUUUUAAUCGUGCUGCAAAGCCUUUGCAAUAUACACAAAUGAGCAAACCAUGCAUGACGUGCUGUGUGCGUAUCUCAUCGGAAAACAUAAAUUAUUUUUUUACAUCGUUAAGGUGGCACAAUAACUACCGCGCUGUCGUAGCUGCACAUUGAAAACGUCAAAAUAACCAAAUGAACAGCCCUCCAUUGUACAUACUAUGUAACACUACGGGAAAUAAUUGGUGUCGUCACAUGAGACAGCAUCCUGGAAUACAUGCCUAUAUAACGAUUAAGGUAUUUAGGUGGCAUUUAAAAUGAGUUUGCGCUUAACAUUUUGUUUUAGGGUUUCUCUCUUGCACAAGCCCUUGGGACAAACCAGAAGCUGCACUUCUGCCCCUCAGUUCCCCAACACAUGUUGCCUCUUUUUUGUCUUUCAAGCUUUUCAAUCUACUGGUGUGGGUGUUUUUAUUGCUUUGGAGCAGUCUCUAGUAGUGCUUCAAAACACAUGAUUGAUAAAUGCCUAAAAUGUUUGAAACUGUUCAAUUUUUUUGUAUGUAUGGUUACUUAAGCUUUUGUUUUUUGUGAGGAAAAGGCACUGUUAUUAAAAUGAUCUUAAAAUCCAUUUGCAUUUUUAUCUUUUAGUCAUUGCAAUGUAUGAAAUGACUUCCUCUUCGGUUGGAAGGAAGAUGGGGUUCGAAGACGAAAAGGGGAAGACUACUUAAAAAAAAAAAGUUUCUCACUUCUUGACAUGUAAUGAAAAGUUAUACACGUUUUGGUUCAAACCCUAAAGUGUGAACCCCUGAUACAGAGCUCAAGGUGAAUAGUCUUUAGGACCUUAACAAGAACUCCUUGCUUCCUUACGGGACGUAGCAGUGAAGCCACCAUCUUGGCCCCCCCCCUGCUGAGCCAAGCUUUGACCUGGGACGCAACCGGUGGCUCCAAAGUGAAAGCAAAAGCACAACCUAGCAUGCACAGGAUCUAAAAGGUGAAUGGUGCGGUGGGCGAGGGGAGGACAGCCCCGCUGGGUGGCAAUC